AUGGUUGAUCAAAUUGAGUCAUGUUCGCCUAAUACGUUGGUACAAUGUCGAAUAUGUCACGAUGAAGAUGAAGACUUAAACAUGGAUACACCUUGUUCUUGUUCUGGUACAUUGCAGUAUGCUCAUAGAAUAUGUGUGCAAAGAUGGUGCAAUGAGAAAGGUGAUACUACUUGUGAGAUUUGCCAACAGCAAUUUAAAGGCUACACUGCUCCUCAAGCUCCUUUGUUUCACUAUAGGGGCAACUGGGAAAUUCCAAGAGUUGGUUUCAAUAAUCAUCAGUUCAUAGCAUUGUUUCCUGCUAAUCAUGAAUUUCUAGACUUUAAUUUUGAAUAUUCAGCUCCCUCUACAAGGAGCCGCGUGUUCAUUCGCAUUGUUGCCAUCAUUGUGGCAUUGGCAACAGCAGCAAAAUUUAUAAUGCUGAAUAUAUUUGUUGCAGGAACAGACACAAGCACGUACACACUAGAAUGGGCAAUGGCAGAGUUAAUGCACAGUCCAGAAGUCAUGUCAAAAGUACAAAAUGAACUCGAACAAGUUGUUGGCAAAGGUAUUCCAGUCGAAGAAACAGACAUAGCCAAAUUACCAUACAUGCAAGCAGUUAUAAAAGAGACGUUUCGUGUACAUCCACCAGUUCCGUUAUUACUACCUCGCAAAGCAGAAACAGAUGUUGAAAUUGGUGACUACAUUAUUCCAAAAGAUGCACAAGUUUUGGUUAAUGCUUGGGUUAUUGGCAGAGAUCCAAGUAAAUGGGAGAAUCCUAAUGCUUUUGUGCCGGAGAGAUUUUUCAAUAGUGAGAUUGAUUUUAAAGGACAUCAUUUUGAGCUUAUUCCAUUUGGGUCUGGUAGAAGAAUUUGUCCUGGUUUGCCUUUGGCUAUUAGAAUGUUGCCUUUGAUGUUGGGAUCUUUGGUUAAUUGCUUUGAUUGGAGACUUGAAGAUGGAUUGAAUGUCGAUGAUUUGAAUAAGGAAGAUGAGUAUGGGAUUACCUUGGAAAAAUCUCAACCUGUGAGAAUUGUUCCAAUCAAAUUGACUAAGCAAUAA